UGGUUGGAGCCCCUCGAGAAAAGGCUUUUCCGUCCCAACAAGCCAACCGAACGGGAGGCCUGUACAGCUGUGACAUUACGACUGCGAGUUCCCGCUGCACACGGGUUGUAUUUGAUGAAGGCACUGAUCCAAGGAAGGAGAGCAAAGAAGACCAAUGGAUGGGUGUAACUGUCCAAAGUCAGGGGCCAGGAGGAAACGUGGUGACUUGUGCCCAUCGCUAUGAGAAAAGGCAGUUGGUGAACACAAUGGAGGAGACUCGGGACAUCAUCGGGAGAUGCUAUGUGCUGAGCCAGGAUCUCACCAUAACGGAUGACUUGGAGCACGGGGCGUGGAGUUUCUGUGAGGGCCGCCGAAGAGGCCAUGAGGAGUUUGGUUCCUGCCAGCAGGGCGUUGCUGCUACUUUCACCAAGGACUAUCAUUAUAUUGUGUUUGGGGCCCCAGGCACUUACAACUGGAAAGGGAUGGUUCGUGCAGAGCAAAAGAAUCAGACAUUUUAUGAUCUGGGUAUCUUUGAUGAUGGGCCUUAUGAAGUUGGUGAUGAGAAUCUCCAAGAUAAGAAUCUAGUUCCUGUUCCAGCUAACAGUUAUUUAGGUUUCUCUUUGGACUCUGGUAAAGGAAUAGUCUCCCAAGAUGAGAUGACUUUUGUGUCGGGUGCGCCAAGAGCCAACCACAGUGGGGCAGUCGUUCUCCUGAAAAAGAAAGAUCAGAGAGCCCUUUCCCUGGAGCACAUGUUUGAAGGAGAAGGGCUGGCCUCUUCUUUCGGUUAUGAUGUUGCUGUUGUGGACCUCAACAGUGAUGGGUGGCAAGACAUUGUUGUUGGAGCCCCACAAUAUUUUGACAGAAGUGGAGAUAUUGGUGGUGCAGUGUAUAUUUACAUGAACCAGCAAGGCAAAUGGAAAGGGGUAAAACCUAUCCGCUUAAAUGGAACCACUGACUCCAUGUUUGGUCUUGCAGUUGAAAACAUCGGGGACAUUAAUCAGGAUGGCUUUCCAGAUAUUGCAGUAGGGGCUCCAUAUGAUGGUUUUGGCAAAGUUUACAUUUAUCAUGGAUCCAAGAACGGAAUAAAUACAAAACCAGCACAGAUUCUUGAUGGUGAAAAAACCGGCACCAAUUUCUUUGGUUAUUCUAUUGCUGGAAACAUGGACCUGGAUAAAAAUUCCUACCCUGACAUUGCUGUUGGUUCUCUUUCAGAUUCUGUAUCUGUGUUCAGAUCUCGGCCUGUUAUAAGCAUUAAGAAAAGCAUUACAGUAAAUCCUGACAGAAUUGAUCUAAAGAAAAAGACCUCUGAGGAACCUAGCGAAAUACAGAUGGAUGUGAAAGCAUGUUUUCAAUAUACUGCAAACCCUAGAAAUUUAAAUCCAGGAAUAAAGAUCAGCUAUACAUUUGAAGCAGAAAAUGAGAGGAGACAGUUAGGCCUGCCGUCUAGAGUACGGUUUAAAGACCGUCUGUCUGAUCAGUUUACUGCAACGACAGUCCUAAGGGGACAGAAUUCGAGAGAGUGUGUGUCAACCAAGCUUGUACUCCAGGAAAAAAUUAAAGAUAAGCUACGUCCCAUUCCUGUAUCGGUUGGUGUGAAAAUUGCUGGCCUGGAGUCUAGCUCACCAUCCGUAAGGAAAGAAGGAGCCCUUCCGGAUCUUAUGCCAAUUCUGAACUCAGAUGAAUCGGAAACAAAGACCACAAAAGUGGAGUUCUUGAAGGAAGGAUGUGGAGAAGACAAUGAAUGUCACAGCAAUCUAAAACUUCAGUACCGAUUUUGUACUAGAGAAGGAAAUGAAGACAGAUUUACCUAUUUACCAAUUGAAAAUGACAUGCCAGUGCUUGUUCUAAAAGAUCAGAAAGAUAUUGCUCUGGAAAUAACAGUGACAAAUAAUCCAUCCGAUGCAAAAAAUCCACAGAAAGAUGGUGAAGAUGCAUAUGAAGCUAAACUAAUUGCAACUUUUCCAGAUAGUCUGACCUACUCUGCAUUCAGGGAGAUGAAGGGUUAUCCUGAAAAGCAGCUAACCUGUGGUGCUAACCAAAAUGGCUCUCAAGCAGAGUGUGAACUUGGAAAUCCUUUCAAGAGAAAUUCCAACGUAACCUUUUAUCUCAUCCUAAGUACCUCUAAAGUUAACGUUGAUACCACAGACUUGGACAUUAAUCUGAAGUUGGAAACAACAAGCACUCAAGUUAAUUUGACUACAAUUACUGCUAGUGCUAAAGUGGUUAUUGAACUGCUUUUAUCACUCACUGGCGUUGCCAACCCCUCGCAGGUCUACUUUGGAGGCAGCAUCCGUGGCGAGAGCGCUAUGAAGUCUGAGGACAACAUUGGAAGCCUCAUAGAGUAUGACUUCAGAGUAACUAACUUGGGUCGACCACUUAAAACAUUUGGCACAGCUUCUCUGGACAUCCAGUGGCCAAAAGAAAUUAGUAACGGCAAAUGGCUGCUUUACUUGAUGAAAAUAGAUUCCAAAGGCUUGGAAAAAGUGUCCUGUCAACCCCAGAAUGAGAUCAAUUAUUUGCGUGUUACGGAAUCCCAUAACUCAAGGAGGAAACGUGAGGUUGCAGAGAAACAGAUUUUAGACAGCAAAACAUUUUCUUUGUUCUCAGAACGAAAAUACAAGACUCUGGACUGCAAUGUGAAUGCGCGCUGUGUGGAUAUCAAGUGCCCCCUGAAUGGUUUGGACAGCAAGGCAUCUAUUGUGCUGCGUUCCAGGUUGUGGAACAGUACUUUCUUAGAAGAAUACUCCAAAAUGAACUAUCUAGACAUUCUUGUUAGGGCUUCAAUCAGUGUUCCUGCUGCAGCUAAGAAUGUUAAACUCACAAAUGAAGUUGCUCAGGUGCGUGUUACUGUCUUCCCUGCCAAAACAGUAGCACUUUAUACAGGGGUGCCUUGGUGGAUCAUCUUAGUGGCAAUUCUUGCUGGAAUACUGAUGCUUGCACUGUUGGUAUUCUUACUGUGGAAGUGUGGUUUCUUCAAGAGAAAUAAGAAAGAUCAUUAUGAUGCCACAUAUCACAAGGCUGAGAUCCAUGCUCAGCCAUCUGAUAAAGAGAGGCUUACUUCUGAUGCAUAGUAUUGAUCUACUUCUGUAAUUGUGCGGGUUCUUCCAGCGCUCUAGGUACGAUGACAGUGUUCCCCGGUAUCAUGCUGUAAGAAUUCGGAAGGAAGAGCGACAGAUCAAAGAUGGGAAAUGCAAAGAUCUUGAAACAAAACAGUGGAUCACAAAAUGGAAUGAGAAUGAAAGUUAUUCUUAAGGAAAAGUUUUUUCUCUCCACACAGUUCAGCUAGUUGUCUUCAUUAAUGGAAUACUGAUAGAGUUGGACCUUUGUACACUAUGGACAUUCACUGUUUGAUUGUAGAUAUUACUACUUACAUUGAGGCUUUUGUUUGCACAGUUAAAAUAGCUUCAACAGACUUUAUUAGCAUUAUUUAAUUUCCAGACUGCCUCUUUUUCCCUUCAAAUCUAACACUCACUUUAGAAGAUGCGGUUUUGAUUUGGGUCUUUUCUGCAAUGUGCACAUCCAUCAUGGCAGACCUUUUCCUAUGAUCCUAACAUUCCUGGUGUGCAAGGAGUGCGUGGUUA